AUGAGUGAAGAGGCAGAGCUUCGCGCCAAGAUUGCCGCGCUCUCAGGUAAGAACAGGCGUCUCGCACCACAAGAUGGCUCUGACCUCGCCGCAGGGCGUAUCAACCAACAACGACAAUCGGAAAGCGCACCUUCCACGCCGACGUAUGCUCCACCAGCAGGGCGUGGCUCAGGCUACCACAUAAGAGGUCGCGGAGCUGGAUGGGCUGGCCAACAUGUGCCUGAUCGCUAUGCGCCAUAUCACCACCCUCGCGGCUUCUCGCACAAACCCGCAUAUGCCCCUUCGUACCGCAACCGCUCCCUCGUCGUUAAAAGCUCCAUUGGAACGUCUGCCAGUCAACAAGCCUCUCCCGCAACACCUGCUUUUACUUCUGCCGACAAGUUUGUCUCGAAGCGCGACCGUCACAUGCAAUUGAUCAACACUUCCGUCUACGACCAGAAAACACAACAGCGCCAGCUAGAAAUCGAGGCUACACUGCAAGAGAAGCAGCGCCUUCGCGAUGCGAAAGAGAAGGCUAGGGUCAUCGAGGCCUUCCAGCCUCAACAGACUGUUUCAACUACUACUUACGGCGCUGCACCAUCUACAGGAACCGCCACCCUGCACGAUAUACAAAUCAACAACCUUCGGUUCCGUGUAGCCGCCGACGGCAGCAAACUCAUCCGCAUGUUUGGUGAGUACACCCAUGCCGAACUUCUCGCACAGCAUCUCACCUGCAUAGACGACUCGAACACGGAUCCUGGGGCCACACCCAAGAUGACGAAAGUGGCCGGCGUCACAUUUCAUAGGAGCAAGCAUGGUAACCUCUACCGUGCUGGUCUUGUGAAGAAAUCGAUGAGGUACUGGAUAAAGAGUCAAGAGCUUUGGGAAGAACAAUUGUUGAUUGAUUGGAUGACAAUANGGGAAAACAACAUCAAAAAGAGCUCGGAAUUAUGUCCAAGAUUUACAGCUACGGGUACCGAAUACUCCAACCGCCAUUCACGCCGGUCCUUGCGCGACGGAUCUGAACGAGAGCAAUCAUCUCAGCAUUUCCGUUGCCCUGCUGCACCCGCUUGUCGGGCCUUUGGAAGCAUUGGCUACUGCGAGAAGGGUGCUGAUUGCACUGAGCGUCAUGUAUUUGAGUGUCCGGAUUAUGCUAACACAGGUAUAUGCCGUAACAAGCGGUGCCGACUUCCCCACGUUGACACGGCGGGCAACAUGCGUAAGGCCAAAUCGGCAGAGACUAAGAUGGACGAGGCAGAGACAUCAGAUCUGUCGAGCGAUGAGGAGAGCUACGAUGAGAUCGACUACGACGACGUAGAUUCUGACAACUUCAGUGACAAUGAAGUCAUGGGUGGCACCGAUGAGCGCGACCAUGAGCUUUCUCAGCAGCAAGAUUAUGUU